AAUAGGUCACAUCGAGAUAGGAGCCGCUUGAUCUUUGGUUCAAGACGUGGGGAACAUUUCAAGCAGUUAUUUCAGCAGAUCAGCUCACCAAACAUGGCAUCAAAGCUGCCACAGACUUUCCACAAGUUGGUCGCUACAAAACUGACUCCAAAAUUCAGAGAAGCGGUCCAGAUCAAAGAGGUCCCAAUGCCAACACCAGGGCCGCAUGAAGUGCUCAUUAAGAACAGGUUUGUGGGAGUGAAUGCUUCUGACAUAAACUAUACAGCUGGACGAUAUGAUCCGGAUAUCAAACCUCCAUUUGAUGUAGGAUUUGAGGGUGUAGGUGAGGUAGUGGCUGCUGGGGACAAAGCCAAGGUCAGAGUGGGGCAGGCUGUGGGCUACAUGUCCUAUGGAGCAUUUUCAGAAUACAAGCUGGUUAGAGCUGGCACAGUGGUGCCUCUUCCGUCCGUAAGCAAGGCCUUCAUACCCCUGAUCGUCAGCGGUACAACGGCAGCCAUCAGUCUUGACAAGGUUGGUGAAAUCAAGAAUGGAGAAACAGUUAUGGUGACGGCUGCUGCUGGGGGCACAGGACAAUUUGCAGUCCAGUGGGCAAAACAAGCCGGCUGUCAUGUGAUAGGGACUUGUUCAAGUGAAGAUAAAGUGCAGUUUCUCAAGAGCCUGGGAUGUGACAGACCUAUCAAUUAUAAAACAGAGAGCGUCAAGGAUGUUUUGAGAAAGGAAUACCCGGAUGGCUUGGAUGUGGUCUAUGAAUCUAUUGGUGGUGAAAUGUUUACAACUUGUAUAAAGAAUUUAGCAAAGAGAGGUCGCCUAAUCAUCAUUGGACUGAUAACUUCAUAUGAGAGUCAUAGCAAAGGACUCCGCUCGACAAGUAGCCUGGCUGAUCUAGAGUCUAUCCCAUCAAUAUUGCUGAGCAAGUCUGCCAGGAUGUCAGGGUUCUUCCUGCUAGACUAUGGAAAAGAUUUAAUCCCUUAUUGCAAGAAGUUGGCUGAGCUGUGCGGGACAGGCCAGUUACAGAGUAACACAGAUCAGGGGGAAACAUCACCAGGAGGACCUCUGAGGGGGGGUAGAGGACUGUAUCAGAGGGGUGGAGUAUUUAUACAGUGGAAAAAGCCAUGGAAAGGUGGUUGUGGAGCUGAAUGCUCUGGAAAGCAAACUCUGAGACAACAGAUUUCUCCUAGAACAAUAAAUGCAGUUUUAAUUAAAUUUAUAAUCAUUAAAACUCAGGGAGUCAAAAUUUCUGUCAGUAUGAUGCAGAUGAUGAUAACUUUAUAUGUUCACGGUAAGUGAAAAGGCUUUAUCACAUUGCUAUUUUAUUAUACAGAUGUAGCAUAUGUGUCAUGUUGGUGUGUGUAUGGUCUCUUGACCAAUGGGAUCAGUGUUCAGAUUCAGCUUCUUCAUGAUUGGUUAGAGCUUUAUAUCCAAGAUGUUAGGGGGCCUUCGUGGCUCAGUGGAUUAGCGUGCUAGCCCAGCAUAAUGACCCAGGAGUGUCUCUCUACAAUGCGGUCCAAAUCAUGCUGGCUUCCCAUAAAUGGGAAGGUCUGACAGCAACCUGUGGAUGGUCGUGGGUUUCAUUCAGUUUCCUCCUACCAUAAUGCUGGCCGCCGUUGUAUGAGUGAAAUAUUCUUGAAUAUGGCGUAAAACACUGAUGAAACAAAUCAAUAAAUAAAUAUCCAAGAUAUUUGUCAUAUUCCUAUAUAACCUAGUCUAGUAGAUCCCUCAGUGCUCUCAUACCUCUUUUGACCAUGCUUAAACAUCACUCAUAGGAACUCUGUGUUCAGUACCUAGACUGGUUGUGUCUACAAAAGUAUAUACGGACCCUAGCCCCGAGUAAAUGUUAUCAAAAUAUUAUCUUUGGUAGUGAAACUUUCAAUUUUUCACUAGGAUAUUAUCCUAUCUUCCAAACAAACCUAUAAACACAAUAAAAAUCAUAAAACUCUGAGAAUCAGGCAAAGUGUGCAACUUGAGUCAUUUACCGUACUUCCAUUUUUGAUCCUUUGGUAACAAUUGGCAUGCUGAUGCAGUGAGGUAGCACUAUACAUGUACAUGUACGGCAUGCCAACAUUGAGAGUAGCCUGCUACAAGGAGACCUCUUUAGCAUACAGCUGAAAUAAGGUAGCCGUUCCGCUGGCUGCCGUGGUAUAAGUGAUAUAUUGAGUAAAGCAUAA